AUGCCAUUGGAUAAGAGCUGGACUAAAAUCACUAAUAAGGUAGAUCCAGUGUUCAUUAAUGGAGCGAUAGCUUUUGCAGAAAGGGGUAAAACAUAUGUUGACAGUGAAGGUAGGAUACAUUGCCCGUGUAAAAAGGGUGUGAAUGCAAGAAGACAUGUUCCCACAGUCGUUGCUGAUCAUAUCAUCUAUAAUGGUUUUGAACCAUCAUACAAUGUAUGGAUUCAUCAUGGUGAACAUCUUCCAGGUUAUGAAACAGAUGAUACAGAUAGUGACUAUGAAGAAAGUGAAAACGAAUCAAAUGACGGUGUCAAUGAGUUACUUGAUGAUGUUUUUCCUACGGGCGACGAAACUGAAGCAGAAAACUUCAUUGACGGUGUCAAUCUACGUAAUAACCCAAAGGUGGAGAAGUUAUUUGUCGAUAUGGAGAAGCCUUUAUACCCCGGGUGUGAUGAGUUUUCUGUACUAGGCUUUUUACUAGAGUUGAUGAACGUGAAGGUAACAUGCAAAAUGACAAAUGUGUCAAUGGAUAUGAUUCUGAAUUUAUUUAGUCGGGCCUUCAAGGAUGCAAACUUGCCGAAAAACCAUUAUGAGGCGAAAAAGUAUUUACAUACACUUGGACUAGGAUACGAAUCUAUUCAUGCUUGUAAACAUGAUUGUGCAUUAUUUUGGAAAGAAAAUGCAGAAUUACAAAAUUGCCCCGUGUGUGGCACUAGUCGUUAUAAGGAAAAUAGUAAAGGGAAGAAAAAACCGGUAAAAAUUUUGCGUUACUUUCCCAUCACAAGUAGACUUAAGCGCUUAUAUGCCUCAAGACACAUUGCUAAGGAAAUGUUGUGGCACGAUAAAUACAGAACCAAAGAGGAGGGGGUUCUUAGACAUCCAGCAGAUGGAAAGGCAUAG